AUGAUGAGAAUACAAAAAGUAUUUCAUUUUCACAUCAUUUUGGGCUUACAAAAUUUAUUACGUGUAUGGCUUCAUGCUGCUGGUAUUUUUGAUUCUCAUCGUUGUCACAAUAUGUGUGACAAUUGUCUGCACAUAUUUCCUUCUCAAUGCAGAAGAUUAUCGAUGGCAAUGGACUUCGUUCCUAUCAGAAUGUAUGGAUUGUUCCAGACAGUCUUUUAUUUUGGAUACAUGGCAUUAUUCAGUGGUGCAUUAGGCAUCAUUUGUGGAACUGUAGGAUACGUUGGCACAACAUACUUCGUGAGAAAAAUCUAUUCAAAU